UUUUGUCAUGCCAGUACUAUCGCCUACCCUAGAGGGAGUUCGCUCGAAGGAUUGCUGACGAUUGUAUUUGCAUAGUGAAAGAGCGAGAACGCAAGCACUGCAGAGCGGCUGCAAAACAUGGCAGUCGGCAAGGGAAAGCGAGAUGAGAUCUGUUGAUUGUUUAUUUGCAAAGCCGUAGAAUAACAUUGUUACACGAAGUGUGCACCGGCCAAACGAGGAGAUUUUUUAAAAAACGCACCAUGCAGCAAAAAAAAACACGGAGAAGAAAUGGUUUGCGAAACGGAAUACCUAAUGGCCAAAGCCUGGCGAUACGCUUGUUACAGAAGGCUGUGGUUCACAUGCAAUGAUCGCAAGGAGAUACAAAAAUCGAUUUUAUUUGAUUCAUGGUGCACUGGUACGAGAGCUUGUUCUGGACAACUGCAGGUCAAAUGAGGGUAAAAUUGAAGGCCUGACAGCAGAGUUUGAGAACCUGGAGUUCCUCAGCUUGAUAAAUGUUGGCCUUAUAUCCGUUGCAAACCUUCUUCGCCUUCCUAAACUGAAAAAGCUCGAACUAAGCGACAACAGGAUUUCUGGAGGGUUAGACGUCUUGGCGGAGAAGCUUCCAAAUCUCACACACCUAAAUCUCAGUGGAAAUAAACUGAAAGACAUCAGCACAUUGGAGCCUCUGCAAAAGCUGGAAAGUUUGAAGAGUCUAGACCUUUUUAACUGUGAGGUGACGAACCUAAAUGACUACAGAGAGAGUGUAUUCAAGCUCCUCCCACAGCUCAUGUACCUCGACGGUUACGACCAGGAAGACCGAGAGGCUCCCGACUCUGAUGCGGAAGCAGAUGGCGCUGAUGAUGACGAGGAUGAUGAAGAAGGUGAGGAAGAGGAGGAAGAUGAUGAGGAGGAAGAUGGAGAAGAAGAGCUUGACGAUGAGGAGGAUGAAGAUGAAGAAGGAGAAGAUGACGAAGAUGAAAUCAGUGCAGAGGAAGAGGAGGGAUAUGGACAAGACGGAGAAAUUGAUGAAGAGGAGGAUGAAGAGGAGGAAGAUGAGGAUGAAGAUGAAGAUGAAUGUGCAAAAGGACAGAAAAGAAAACGAGACACAGACGAUGAAGGGGAAGAAGAUGAUGAUUAGGAAUCCAAGUGACCUGAAAGACUAUUUAGUACUCAAUGGGCUCUACUGCCCUUCCUGCCCCUCUUGAGCCCUACCCCAGAUUGGCAAUUGCUGGGUAUCGUCACAGCACUGAAUAUCACUGAGCCAGCAGUUGUCACUGUCUUGACAUUCCAUGUAUUUAUAAUGCAGUUAAUCGAUAUUCCAUGGAGUAGUAAAACUGGGUAGAAUUUGGUCCAGUGCUUUUAUGAUGUUGGGGUUUCUUAGGUUUCCUGCUAAGACUAUUACCAUAGCAACAAGAACAGAUGAAGUGAUUUGGAUAGUCAUGUUUGUAAAAUGGCUGCCUGUUACAGAGAGGUUAUAGCAUUGAUCUUUAUGUAAGUCAAAAGCUUUGUAAAUAAAAUCUUAAAAUUUUGGAUUUGUUCUACAUUGCAAUACCAUUUUGGGUGUUAUUUACAAAUGCAAGAUGUUUCUAAACUAACAGUUUUUGGAAAGUUAAUAAAUGGUUUCUUUUAAAAAGCC